GUAAACAUCCAGAGGUUCAUUCCCAGCAGGUAGCGGGGUCAGUUAGCUUCAUUCCUACCGCUGGUACAGAAGGGAAUCUAAGCAACAUGCAGACCUGAACAACUUCACACACAUUAAUAACCAGGAUGCAUAUUCAGGAGAGGGUUAAUUGCAAACUGACGUGAGCGUUUGGAAUUUCCCUGUCACAUGAGGUCGACGAGAGGAAGUUGUUACAUUGUGUGCUUUUACAGCGUUGGUCUAAGUCUGGAGAUUUUAGUGGCAUCUUGAUGUGAAGGAGAGACUAGGAGAAAAGUCACGAUGAUGUUCCUGCUGUUUCUGGGGACUUUGGAGAUCGUGGCUGUGGCUAUCAGUGCCUCACCAUUGUUGUUUGACCCUCUGUUGACUGAAGGCUGGGAGAAAUGGAAGAUGCUUCACCAGAAACAGUACGCAGAGAAUGAAGAAGGUGUUCGGAGAAUGGUGUGGGAGAAAAACUUUAGAUUUGUGGAAAAUCACAACUUGGAGUACUCGCUGGGUAAACACAGCUUUAAUCUUAAGAUGAACCAGUUUGGAGACAUGACCUUGGAGGAGUUCAAUGAGCAGAUGAAUGGAUUCCGUCUCUUCAAAUCCAGGAACUCAUCCCGGCCACUUGCAAGGAUCCCUGAACUGGCUGAAAUUCCAAAGAGUGUGGACUGGCGCGAUGAGGGAUAUGUCACUCCAGUGAAGAACCAGGGUAGCUGCGGCUCAUGCUGGGCUUUUAGCUCAACGGGAGCGUUGGAGGGACAGACCUUUAAAAAGACGGGAAAACUCAUCCCAUUGAGUGAGCAGAACCUGGUGGAUUGCUCACGAAUGCAGGGGAAUCAUGGAUGUGGUGGUGGAUGGAUGGAAAAUGCCUUCUUGUAUGUACAUGAAAACAAUGGGAUUGAUUCCGAGGCUGGGUACCCAUACACAGGCCAAGAUGAUCCCUGUAAUUAUAAUGUCAAGUACAGAACUACCAACUGCACCAAUUACUUUUUUGUUAACCAAGGUGAUGAAAUCGCUUUAGCUCAGGCAGUUGCGAAAGUUGGACCCGUAUCUGUUGCUAUUGAUGCCACUCAUCAGUCUUUUCAGUUUUACUGCACAGUCAAGGAUCCAGUAGAGCUGGGUGCAGGUGCAGGAAUCCUGGGAGGGAGCUGCGCAGAGAAUUUCAUAGAAGUCCCAGUUUCUUUAUACAGUAUUAACUGCGGGAGCCAAAGCCUCUCUGAGAAGCAAUGGAGAAAGUAAUUCUGCA